UCCCCCAUCGGACGCAAGGCAUCUCUAAAUUUAAGCCCCCAAAACCCCCUUCUUCUCCACGGCUCCCUUUCGCCUUCUCUCUCUAAAAAUCAAGAACCUAAAUUUGGAACAUCUCUCCACGAGAAUUUGAGAAUUCAUCUUCCUUUCUUUUCGGGCCGUUUUCGUCGGGAUCGAAGGCAUUGAUGAGACGUCGGCGAUAGGCGACGCGCGACGGCGGCGAUGUCGGUGGCGGCGGCGGCGAUGGCGGUGAACUGGGUGACGUACUACCUGGCCGAGCACCCGGCGAUCGUCAACUUCCGGUGGAGCCACACCCACUCGUGGGGCUCCACCUGGUCCUUCCUCGCCUCCUCCGUCUCCCUCUACCUCGCCCUCGCCCUCCUCCUCCACCUCCUCCUCCUCCUCCCGCGCCGCCGCCGACCCGUCCCGGUCGGCCCCGCCCCGGCCCUCCACAGCCUCCUCAUGGCCCUCCUCUCCGCCACCAUCUUCGCCGGGGCCCUCCUCUCCUCGGCCGCCGAGAUCCGCGACACCCGGUGGCUCUGGCGCCGGUCCCGGACGACGCCGUUCCAGUGGUUCCUCUGCUUCCCGCUCGGGACCCGCCCCUCCGGCCGCGUCUUCUUUUGGUCCUACGUCUUCUACCUCUCCCGCUUCCUCCACAUGCUCCGCACCUUCCUCACCAUCCUCCGCCGCCGCCGCCUCUCCUUCGCGCAGCUCUUCAACAACGCCGCCCUCACCUGCGUCGCCUUCCUCUGGCUCGAGUUCUCGCAGUCGUUCCAGGUCCUCGCCAUCCUCUCCGCCACGCUCGUCUACGCAGCCGUGUACGGGUACCGCUUCUGGACAGCCAUCGGGCUACCCGUCGCGUGCUUCCCGUUCGUCGCGCACUGCCAGGUCGCGCUCCUCGGAUGCAACCUCGUGUGCCACGUCGGCGUGCUGACGCUGCACCUGGUCAAGGGCGGGUGCAACGGGAUCGGCGCGUGGGUGUUCAAUUCGGUGCUGAACGGCGCGGUCUUGAUGCUGUUCCUGAAAUUCUACGUAAAGAUGCAUCUGGGCAAGAAGAGGGGGGCGGUUGUCGUCGUCGGCGGCGGCGGCUGCGGCUGCGCCGACAGCAUCGGCGCAGGGGGUGCCGGCGAGGCCUGCGAUCGAGAUCGUGAACCGUCUUCUUCCUUAUGCGGUGGGUCUGAUGUAAUUAAAGAGGCAGAGGAGGAGAGCAUCGUCAAAGAGAAGGAAUUAUAGGGAUUGAAUGGUGGGUGGUUGCUGGUGGUGGUGGACCUGGUGGUGCUGGUGGUGGUGACUUUUCUUGUAGCCCUCAAAUUUUGGGAAGCAAAACGUUUGCCGCGGAGCCCUCUCUCUCCAUCUCACCUUCUUUGGGUUUCUCUCUUUCUUUCUUUUCAUUUUUGUAGAAAUUGAUAUAUUUGUAUGUACUACAAUAAAAUGGUUCAAAAGUUUUACCGAUGUUGCAGAAUGCUAGUGUAGUAAUUAGGGUAGUCAGGCGAUUCUGCUGAUAUUGUUUAGAAGAGGAUUUAGCAGAGUUUUGUAGGGUCAUUAUUUGACCUUUCUGCUCCUUAGAGUUGAGAGCGAUUCUGAAAGUUCAUGUUGGUAAGAGUAUCAUACAGAUUACAAAUAAAUUUCUCGAUUAUAUCUUCA